CCCAUUUCUCCUCUUAAAUCCUCCACUGCAGUCCAUUUGGGGGCCACAAGUACCAGUUUAGCUAUCAUAUUCUGUACAACCUCCAAUUUAUCCCAUUCACCAUUAUUCAAUGCAAUAUCAUCCAUUCCAUACAUAAUCCAUAUGGCUUUCUAUAUUAUGCACUUUAAGCCCUCCUAUCAAUUAGUAGGUAUUAACCUCUUUUCAUUUUUUUUAGAUGGCUUUAGUAGCUGGAGAAGAGAAAGGAUUUGCCCACAUGGCACAAGAAAGCAUUGCAACUUGGGGUGAAGCUGCUGGCAUUGCUGACUUAUCACCUGAUAUUUGUAGUCUUCUGGCAUCUGAUGUUACAUAUAGACUACGCCAGGUGCUUUAUAAUGCUACACAUCACCUUCAUGCUUGUAAACGGCAGCGACUCUCCACUGAUGAUUUCAAUAGAGUUUUGCAGAUGAUGGAUGUUCCUCCAGUCUAUGGACAUAGCAACAGUGCUGAAGGAGCAGACUGGAUUAAUCUGCCAGAAGUAGGAGUCCACAUUGUGGCAGAUCCUCCUCUGAACCUUGCUAGCACUGCUUUACCUGGAGAAAUCUAUCACCAACCAGGAAACCCUUGUGUUAAAGGUGAAUGGGUGUACAUCAGUAAUCAUGUUACCAUCAAGGGAGAGGCAGGCAAUGAAGGCUCAUUGUCUCCACUGCAGUUAUCAGCUCAGCUCACCAAAUAUUACUCUACACUAAUAUCUGCCAUAUUUGGUCACAGUGAUACAAUUUUUCAGAUGCUGCUCCGAGACCUGGAGACCAACAGCCGCAUGAGUCCGCUAGUGGGUGCCAUAAUAUCAGGCUGCCUGCGAGGAGCUCAGUUAGCUCGGCAGAACCCUUGCAUCCUGCGUCGCGUGCUGCUCGUGGUUAGAGCACUUCUCUCUAAUGCUCACCUACACGUUGGACACGCCAAAUAUGUGCGAGACAUUAUCAGCUUGAUAGUGUUCUGCGUGGUGACAGAACGCAAGCACAGCUACGACACACACCCCAUACGAAGUCUUGCAACAAAUACUAUGCUCAAAGUGCUGGCACAGUGGAGUGAGGGCUGUGCAGCAUGGGACGUGGCUGUUAGCAGCCUGGGUGCUGUCAUCGCCAGCACGUCGCGGCCGUGGAGUCAGCACACCGGCGCCCUCAACGCUCUGCUUGCUCUGGGCCCGGCCGCGCAACUGUCUUUGUUGCACUGCUACGCCAGCUACCACAGCAGACUGCGCGCCGCUCUCCCUCUCACCAACGCCACUGGCCCUUCCACUGCCAUCGUCUCUAGAGAGUCUAUUGAUGCUAAGCAGGCUCAAGGGUUGCUCAUGGCUGUGCUGGUAAAGAUCGUAGCAUCCUACGUCCGUGAAAUGCCUGAGAGACUCGAUCUCACCGUGCCUAGGAAAUGUAAAAACGCAGACAGCAGUGAAAUUUCAGAGUCCUCUGCAUCUGAGGGUGCUCCUGAUGUUAAUAAUAGAAGUCAAGGCGAUGACAAUGGUGGCAGUGAAGGCUCCGAUCAGCAAGUUUCAUUCUCGAAGCUCCGCCAAGUUUACGCUCUUGGGGAAAGCUGGUUUGGAUCAGCGUUUGUUCUGCAGUUGCCUUCUGUUUAUUUGUGUGUUCACGAGAGUCAAAUGCCGAGCUUCAUGGAGUCGCAUGUCUACCAAGAACUGCGAACUACAGGGGAGGCACUUCUUAAGGAUGCGCUCAGCCGAGAAGAAAAUAUUAAGAAUAAAAUUUCUAGACGCAAUUUAGGCGGACCUUUCCAGAAAAAGAGGAAAACCAACGAUGGAAACUCUGUGGGAACUUCAUUUGAUUUGCAGUCGGACAGCUUUGCGGGCCUCGAUUUUACAUCGCUCAUGGAAGAAGAUGGCUCGUCGCUUGGAGCUAAAUUCAGUCCGGACGAAGCAUUCGUUUCAUACAGACGCAUUCAACCUCGCUAUGAAGUUUCGGUGCAUGUUAAUAUUCAAGGCUGCCGAGUGUGGGACAAAUGCGUAUUAAAGAGACCCAAGAAAUCGGCUCUGUCUGCUGCUGAUCGCCCCCAAAGUACUAUGUUCAGGAACUAUGCGUUUAAAUCCUCGGUACAAAAAAUGCCUCACUGCCAGUUCACUCGUCCUUUAUUACCAAAGUUGAAACCUGGUUAUUCCUUGCACAAUUUAAUCUUGUAGAAACGUUAUUAAUGAUUAGUAUGCGUUACUAAGUAUCUUAUCGAUCGUUUGUAAUAAAAUGUUAACUUAU